GCACAAUCGCUUUACCUCUCUCUAUCUCUCUCUCAAACAAACUCUUCCAAUUGAAGCGAAAACAGUAGUAGUUCAGUGGUUCCAGUUAUGGAAAAGAAAAGGCAACUACAACCUCCAAAGAAAUCAAGAUUCAAGCGUGUUUGUGUCUUCUGCGGCAGCAGUCCCGGCAAAAACCCAAGCUACCAACUUGCUGCCAUUCAACUCGGAAACCAACUGGUUGAACGGAACAUCAACUUGGUUUAUGGAGGUGGUAGUAUUGGCCUUAUGGGUCUUGUCUCCCAAGCUGUCCAUGAUGGUGGCCGCCACGUGUUAGGAGUGAUUCCCAAAACACUUAUGCCCAGAGAGAUAACUGGAGAGCCAGUUGGAGAAGUACAAGCUGUCUCUGACAUGCACCAAAGAAAAGCAGAAAUGGCUCGCCAGGCCGAUGCGUUUAUAGCCUUGCCCGGUAUUGCUUCUGAUUAUUUUUGCUUUCUGCUUAGAGGAGACUAG